AUGUGCACCUAUUUUAUGGUAAGUGGUUUGCUUCGAGCAAAUGGACAGUUAGGCCGAUCGCAUGGGACGGACACCACUUCAGCCGUCAAUUAUUUGUUUCCGAUCCGUAAAAUCAUUCACCGAUUCGUACGCCUAAUGCCAUCCGUCGGCGCUGUCAUUGCCUUUACCAUCCUUUUAGAGGUGUUGGGGUCGGGGCCCGUAUGGCACGAUGUAUUGGAGCAACAUGGUCAUUACAAGUCGAAUGGAAACUUUUCCUAAUUUCACCUUUAUUAAUAGAAUUUUUAACUGCUAAACAAAUCAAAAAACAGGUGCUGGGUAUUGGAAUUAAUUUGUUGGUUAUUAUGCUAAGCAUAAUUGCAACUGGAG